CGCAGGUUAUAUGGCGUGACAGUACGCGUCCUCAAGUACCUCGCUCUUGCUCGUGCUCGUCUCUCUUCAACGACUAGCUAGUGUGUUGUCACUCCCCUCACCUUUUUGUCUUCAAUCGUACGCGACAGCAGCUUCAUCAUGUCUGACGCUUCAGGCAGCCGCAAUCCGUUCGCAAAGCGCGAGGAGUUCUCCAGCCAGUCCAUCUUGCUCUACAAGAUCUCCACCGGCCUUUCGUACAUCAUCUUCCUUGUCACUGCAUUCUACUACACCUUCAACCAGCCCAAUGAAGCCCAUGGCAAGCACCACCGAUUCUGGCAACACCAGCCCGCCACGCCCUUCGCGCAGAGCAGCAUCAUCACUUCGAUCUACUGGAUCAUCCUCUUCGCCCUCCAGCUAGUCUACGCCUGGUCCCUCUGGUCCUCCAACCAGACCUACCUGCUCGCCGCCGCCAACAUCGGCACGCACUACAUCACCUCCAACCUGCUGCUUUUCGGCUUCAUCCACCUGUGGGUGCGCAGCCACUUCUGGCUCGCCGAGCUGCUGCUCGUCAUCAACUUCUUCAACCUCAGCUUCGCCUACUUCCGCCACUCGACCACCCCGCGCACCAUCCACAUCGGCACCAUCGCCGGCCCGCUGGCCUGGAACUUCGUCGCCCUCUACUGGGUCGGCGCCGUCGCGUUCCACUCCACCCACCUCGUCGGCCGCAUCGUCGCAAACGUGUUUAUCUGGGGCUGGCUGGGCUACGGCGUGUUCUUCCUCGCCGCGUACAAGGACUACACGAUUGGCUUUGCGCUGUCGGUGCUGUCGUUCUCGACCGGCGUGGGCCAGUUCCUCAGCAAGCUGCCCAUCCUGCAGCUGCAGUGGAUCUUCGCGUUUACCGUCGGCGGGCUGCUCUUCGUGCUCUCGCUCGCCGUCGGGGUUCCCGGGCUGCUGGGCCGCGAUCCGUUCCCCAGGGGCCAGAUUGUGAGCGAGGACCGCGAGAGGGCGCCGCUGCUGGCCGACGAGUAGGAGGGAGCGGUGCGACGCACGUCUUUUCGCGUCCGAGUGCGUCUCAGGCGUGCAUGAGUCUUCUCAUCGCACGCCCGAAAUUAGGUAUUUUCUCAGGUGCAAAUCGAUUCCCGUCCACCGGACGUUUGAGGGCUUCGGCCCCGCAGCAUUGUCACGGCGUCGGCAGCAGGCGUUACCAUUCUAUCUCAUUUGGGUGUGUAUCUGUAGCUCUACAUGAAAUCUCCAUUAUUCCCUGCAUUGAACUAUCUGCACACAUACACGCUGUCUUACACGCUGUCUCUCUCUUCUCUUUAUCUG